AUGCGCACGUCACGCCCAAUCACCGAUUUCUCCUGCCUAACCUUCGACUGCUUCGGCACCCUUGUCGACUGGGAGGGGGGCAUCUACACCGCCCUUGCGUCUCUGACCGCCGCGCUCGUCGACACCCACCCUCUGAAGACGGACCGCGCCGGUCUGCUCAAGGCCUUUGUGCGGCAAGAGGGCGUGGCCCAAAACGCCCGCCCUGACGCCCUCUACACCACCAUCCUGGCCGACGCCUUCGUGGGUCUUGCCGGGGAGCUGGGCCUCCCGUCACCCGAUGCCGCCGCUGCGGCCAGGUUCGGCGCGAGCGUGGCAGACUGGCCGGCGUACCCGGACACGCUGGACGCGCUGCAGCGGCUGCAGCACGGUGAUGGGCACGGGUUUAAGCUCGUGAUCCUGUCCAACGUGGAUAAGGCGUCCUUCUCCCGCACGCUGGAGAAGCAGUUCCCCGGCGUCACCUUUGACGCCAUCUAUACGGCGCAGGACAUUGGCUCUUACAAGCCGGACCUGCGCAACUUUGAAUACCUGACGAGCCAUUGCGAAACGGACCUGGGUGUGUCCAAGGACAAGAUCAUCCAUACGGCGCAGAGUCUUUUCCAUGACCACGUGCCGGCCAAGCAGGCCGGACUGGUCAGCGCCUGGAUUGAGCGAGGAACCGGAGAAGGGGAGGUUCACAGUGUGAUGGGUGGAACCCUAGAGGAGCUGCGCGAUCAGGUCGAUUUUACUUGGCAUUUCAAGUCGAUGGGUGAAAUGGCGGAUGCAGUUGGCGAGGCACGGAAAAAGUAG